AACGUUUAUGUGAUACAACAUUUACAUCAAGAUAUUGUGUUACAUAUAGAACACAAGUCUAAUUCUUUAAUCUUUCAAAAAAAAAAAGUCGAAUUAUUUAAGAUGGCUAUUGCACAAAACAAACGUUUCCUAGUAGUGGUUCUAUUCCUCAUCUGUUUCAUAUCGAUCCAAGCUAGAGCACGAACACUGAAGGAAAAAAGCAAUGAUGUAACGAGUAAUACUCAUAAUAAUAAGGAAGAUCAUAUGUUUAAGGCAAAAGAAGAACAUAAUGUGGGAGAUGAAGUAUUUUCAAUGGAUUACACUCCAGCUAGAAGGAAGCCACCGAUUCACAAUUGAAAUAUUGUUUGCAAUUUAUGCUACAAUUUAUUUUGCGCUACGAAAAUUUUGUUUAUCUUUAAAUAUUGAUCUUGUAAAGUCAUAAAAUGUUGUAUUUUCUUUUUCAUGAAUAUAAAACGUUGUAAUUAUACAUAUUGAUAUGAUACACGGCAAUAAAAUCAUUUUUCCUA